GAAGAAGACCAACACUUCGCACCAGCGAAAUGGAGCUACCGAAACGUCGUCGUUCGCCGCGAUCCGCACUUUAACCUGCACCGCUCACUCACUCCUCUUCUGAGCUUCUGAGGGAGCUCUCGUUAUCAAGAUCUGAAUUCCACAGAUAUUUAGAGUCAACCGGAAAUGUUGCCGCGCAGACUAUCCGCCAUUUUUUCCGGCCUCGGGUCCACCACCACCGCCAAGACUGUAGCCACCGAGCUCCAGCCCACUCUCAAGGUCCAGACCGACCGCGAAGUCUACCGCCCCGGCGAUCAAAUCGUCAUCACCGUCGAGAUUUCCAACCCUAGCAGCAGCCGGAAUGACGACGACGCGGCGUAUUCUCUGCUGAUCGAGCGGCUAGGGUUUGAGAUUAAGGGGAUUGAGAAGCUGGACUCGCAGUGGUUCGCGACGCAGAAGGCUGUGCCUGGAUCCAAGCAGAGAAGAGGUGAAUAUGUGUUCAUGGAGGCCUCGACUUCGGCCCUGGUGACCAAUCAAAUAGUUUCGCCGGGCGCCACGAGAUCAUAUGUCAUACAAGCAUUGCUGCCAAGCAUUAUACCACCAUCUUACAAGGGUGCAACCAUCCGUUAUAUGUACUAUGUUCGAAGUACAAUGUCUGGACAAUGGCCGAUACUUGAGAAUGCCCAUUCUCGUGGAGAAUCAGUUAAAGAUUUUCCAGAAAUGGAAGCUCGUACUCCAUUACAAGUAUGGGUGACUCAAAAGACAAGUGGCUUGGGAACAGAAGAGGGUCUUAGUGAUGGCAUUGUUCCUUCAGCAACCAUGCAAAUUGAUAUGUAUUGGAAAGAGAUGGAUGGCGAUUCUGAAUGGGUGAGAGCAAAUGAUAUAUAUGAUGGGAUUGAGGAUGGCUAUGAAAGCUCAAGGGAUGAGAUCUCAUCUGUUUCGUCUUACAAUCCUAUGAAAGAACACAUGAACAGAACAUUUGGAAGUUCAUUAUCAUUGCAAUCAGUAAGGUCUUCAAACAAGGAUGCAUAUCCUGAAGGAGAACGCACAAGUCUAUCUUCAAAUUUGGCACUUCCACUGCUCUCAGCCUCUGAAGUCAUGUACGAUCCUGGUGCAGAUCUUCAAUUGUCCAAGAAUUCCUCCACCGCUGUUGGCUCCCCAAGCAAGCAGCAGAAACUUACGAAGUCCCUACCUUCAGAAGAUGAAGCUAGAGCAUCUACUUCACCAGUAGCACCAGCUGCUGAAAGCUUAGCAUCAGAGGGCUUUAUUCGAGGGAGGUCUUAUAAUAUCCGGCUGGAUGACAAAGUUCUACUUAGAUUUUCUCCAAAAAAUUCUGAUUCUAACUAUUACUUCAGUGAUAUGAUUGGUGGAACUCUUACCUUCUUUCAUGAAGAAGGAGCUAGAAGAUGCCUUGAGGUUUCUAUAACACUGGAGACUUCCGAAACUAUUUGUCGGCGAUAUGUCCAUCCAUCUCGGAAAAACUCCCCUACAAUUACAAAGGUUCAGAGUGAUCACUACGAGGUUGUUGCCGAUUUAGUGCAGACAAGUUUUCUCUUUUCCAUUCCUAUGGAUGGGCCCAUGUCUUUUUCCACUCCUCAUGUAUCUAUAAAAUGGGUGCUUCGGUUUGAAUUUUUUACCACUCCAAAGAAUGUUGACUGGACCAGGUAUGAUCAUCCUCUUCUUGUAGAGGGAAGAGACAAAUGUGAGUGGAUUCUUCCAAUCGUUGUCCAUGCACCUCCAGGUGUGGGACCUAAUGGUCAGUCGCGAAAUGAGAAGUCUCUCCUCGGAACUGUUGGUGCAUAAUUCGGAGGUUGACAAAUAUCUGUUGACAUAAUGAGUUGCCCAAACACCAAGCCUCAAUUUCAAAUUGUGGAUCAGCCCCUAGUAGCAAUCUGGGCUUUGUGGCUACACAGUUAUCCUGUUCAUCUGGAAAAAAAAUUCCAGCUGACUGCUGAAAGGAAGCUUGAAGGACGAGGAUGUGGACUGGUAGAUGCUACUCUAGGUUUAUACAGCAAAUGUGUAAGCUUUACUGACCGAUAUUUGUUAAUUUAAUUUCCCGUAAUUUUGUGGUGGUCAAACGGGUUGUACAUUCUGUGAAGAUAGGUUAUUUAUCGAAACAAAGAGAAAGGAAAAUAUUCUACAAAACAGCCUCGAUACAGUAUUGGGCAAUUCUGUAACAUUGUAGCCGGGUAUUCAAAUUAUCAUAUGCAGUCAGGAUACAUGGUUUCC